GUGUCAGCUUUUUCAACGUGGGAGAAAGAGCUUCCUAAAAUAGUGUUCGACGAUCGUUACCUACUCCUGCCGACCAAAGAUCGCAAAUUGGCAUUCGAUCAAUACUUGAAGGUCAGAUGCGAAGAGGAGAGGAAGGAGAAGAUGACGAAGAUGAAGAUGAAGAAGGAGGUAUUCAAGAGUCUGCUCGUGGAUGCUAAUUUGAGUGGCAGAACAACAUUCUCGGAGUUCUGCAUGAAGCACUCUAGAGAUGAGAGGUUCAAGAGUGUGGAGAAGAUGAAAGAAAGAGAGGGCCUAUUCAAUGAGUACAUGCUGGAGAUCAGGAGGAGAGAGAGGAUGGAUGGAAAGUUUACCCUUGAUAAGGCAAAACAAGAUUUCAACCAGAUGUUAAAAGAUACGGUGCCCUCCUUGAUGCUGAGUACUGGCAUCUCAUGGUCACUUGUCAAGUCUUACACGCAAUAUGAUCCAAGGUACAGGGUUGUGGUGGAACACUCACCCCUCUGUGAGACAUGGUUCAAAGAAUACUGUGACGAAGAACUGGAUGAAGAUACGAAGAGGGAAAGAGAGAGAAGGGAGAGAGUAGAAGCGAGUAUGAGACAGAGAGAGAAGGUGGUGCAGGAAUCCCUGAUGGAGUCCCUGCAGGAGAGGGACAAGGAGAGGAAGGUUCACCUGAGGGAGGAGUCAGUGCAGCACUUCAGAGCUCUCCUCACUGACAUGGUCAGAAGUUCGGACGCGUCAUGGCGCGAAACUCGCCACAACCUUCGCAAGGACAACAGGUGGGCACUCGCCAAACACAUCGACAAGUCGGAAAAAGAAAAAAUUUUUGAGGAGCACAUAUCGGCCAUCGCUAAAAAGACGAAAAUGGCGUUCCAUAAACUUUUGGAUGAAACUCUCGGCAGCCAGUUGACGGAGAAUUGGAAGAACGUCAGACGAAUGAUUAAGGACGAUCCGAGGUGCACUAAAUUCUCAUCACAUGAAAAGAGGCGAGAGAAAGAAUUUGAUGAAUAUUUAGUGCAGAGAAGGGCAAAAGCGAAACAGGAGUUCAGGGAACUUUUGAAGGAAACUAGGAUUAUUAAUCAUAGGUCGGCCCAACUUGCCACGGACUCCACCCAGCACCUGAAAGACAUCAUUGCAAUAUUACAAAAAGACAAGAGAUAUUUAGUGUUGGACACGAUGCCAGAGGAACGGAUAGAGAUCCUGACGAGUUACAUUGAGGAAAUCGCCAAUAGAGGGCCCUCACCCCCACCUACCGCUACUGAACCCAGACCUCGAGGCAGGGAUUAUUAG